GUUUAUUUGGAGGUGGAGGCCAACUGACUGAUGUUGGCCAUACAUUUCUUGUACUUCGCGAUUUCAUCAGCAUGCUUAGCCGUGUAGCUCUCCGCACCGCCCGCUUGUCUAAGCCCACCGCCGCGGCCUUCCACACCGGCGCUUUCCGCCAACAGGAAGAAAAGAAGGACGGUGAAGUCGCCAUUCCCGCCGACAACCGUAGUUUCUUGAACAAGUAUGGCCUUGACGAUCCUUUGAUCUCGUUGCCCAUCAUUGCUGCCGUGUCCAUCCCUGCCAUCAGCAAUGGCUGGUAUGAGUUGGGCGCUGAAACCCAACUGGCGUGCUGCUUUGCGUUGUUCGUCACGUCUGCGUACAAGUACGGCGGGGGUGCCAUCGGUUCGUACUUCGAAUCCCGUGCCGAUGCCAUCUUGGCCGAACAAAACGCCGUGGAAGACGCCAACUUGGCGUUGGCCAAGGAAACGUUGAAGGCGCACGAAUCCAUCUUGACCAUCAAGAAGGACAUUGCGACCCUCGGCGUGGCCCACGAAGAAGCGUUGGCGUUGCUCUGCCAAGUGCAGAACGCCAAGCUCCGCCACAAGACCCGCGACACGUUCGUGAAGAACUUGGACGCGAUCUACCAAUUGGAACAAAGCUACAACCAGGAGCUCCAAAACGCCAUGAUCGCGUCGGCCACCGCAGCCGUGCGCAAGACCAUUUCGGCUGGCAAGAAGGAGACCAAGGCUGAAGCGUUCCAAUUGGCGUUGGACAUCUUGUCUGAGAAGAACAUUGACGAGUCCAAGCCCGACGCCGUCGCCGCCGCCUUUGGCAAGGAGCUUCGCGCGUUCGCCGAACACUUGGAAGCCCAACAAGGCACGGUGGUCAAGCUCACGGAAGCCGAGCAAAAGGAAUUGGAAGCUGGCUUGGACGCGUUCUUCAAGAAGAUCGAUAUCCACGCCGGGGAACUCAAGACCCCCACCGAAGUCAAGGUGGAAUUGCUAUAAGUUUAGGGCGUCAAUAUGUCGAGAUGAACAACUGUCGAGUCGCCAGUAAUGCCAUACGAAUCAUUGGACUGUAGUACACCUUAUCUCUGGUCGAGUUAUAACAAAGCCACGUCUAGUUAUAACAAAAACACUUGCGGAAUCUGCUCGGGCCCAAGUCGUUUCCGAUACUUGGUCUCGCCGUUGUUAUCGUCGUCGGCGGCUGUGGGGUCCAUGAGGUUCAAUGGCACCGUGCUGGAUCCACAA